AUGCUCCAUUCAACAUUGGCCUUGUCUCUCCUGCUAAUUGCAGUCUCUUCCAACCUUGCGAUGGCAAUCAAAAAGGAAAAACGAGGACCUCAGACACUGUCAAGAGGGUGGGGAGAUGAAAUUACCUGGGUACAAACUUAUGAAGAAGGGCUUUAUCAAGCAAAAAAAAGCAACAAGCCACUGAUGGUAAUUCAUCAUUUGGAAGACUGUCAAUACUGCCAAGCACUGAAGAAAGCUUUUGCAGAAAAUGAAGAGAUACAGGAAAUGGCCCAAAAUAACUUCGUUAUGCUGAAUCUCAUGCAUGAAACCACAGAUAAAAAUCUGUCACCUGAUGGACAAUAUGUGCCUCGAAUCAUGUUCAUAGACCCAUCUCUCACUGUAAGAGCUGAUAUCACAGGAAGAUACUCCAACCGGCUCUACACUUACGAACCACAAGACAUACCAUUCUUAAUAGAGAACAUGAAGAAAGCACUACGCCUCAUUCAGACAGAACUGUGA